GCCCAUGUAGCAGCCAGCCUGUUGAAUGCCGUGAAAUAUUAUAUUUUUUCAAUUGUUACAACAAAAGUACUGAAAGUACGACACUAGCAAUGACCAGUUAACGUUUCUACUACUAUCUGACCAGAUGAGGGCUCGGUUAACUAGUCGUUAUGUCAACCUAAAGUGGAUCUUCAACUAGGGUUGCCCAAAAAAGCUUUUCAUCAUGCUAAAAUUCAAUUUCAGGAGGGAGAAAGACCAGGAGUUCAGACAUAUAGCUCCUGGUUUGAUCCCUGCUGCCUCCAUUGCUCCAAAACCUGCUGUUCCCCGUACCCCUCCUCCACGUAGCCCUGACCCCUCACCCGAGAGACCCAGGUCAGCCUUAGCAGCAGCCAUCUUGUCUUCCUCACUUACUGGACAGACAUGGGCCAUCCCUCCUGUCAGGCCUAGGUCUCUCUCUGAGAGUGAUCAAUCAAGAUCCUUCAUAUCUGAACCAAACAUCAGCACAGCACUUUACACCAGAGACAGAUGGUCGGAAGAUCUGGCCAGCCGGCCCCGCCUGUCUUCCCCUGAACACUCAGAGGAGGAGCUGAAAGACGAGGGAGAAGUGUUGGAGGAUGAAGAAGACAGGGGCGAACAUGUUUACCAAACUCUGGACAGGCAGGAGAACUAUUCAGUCACAGAACCUGUCUAUGCUGUAUCAUUAAAACACAAGAUCAGCACAGCCCAGGGGAUUCAGAUGGCUGCAGAAAGAGCACCUUCUCCAGAUUUUAUUGUAGAAACCGGUGUUCAGUCACCUGAAGCCAGCUCUGAUUCUUCCAGAAAGAAAGUGUCUGUCAGGAGGAGAUCUGGAAGUCUGAAGGAAGAUGUGCCAGCCACACACCCCGUCCUAACCACUGUCCAUCCCAGCCAGCCUAGCAAAGCCAAAAACCCCAAACACCCCACCCAGCAGUCCCCAGAGCCCAGGAGAGCACACGGUGAAGUGCAGAGGGAGGUUCAGAGGGAGACAGCGGAGGCGCUGCCAGAGAAGAGCUCAAGGAUGGCAGAUUAUCAAAAGCUUUUGGAAGAGAGACUGCAACGCCUAGAACAGGAGAUCAGUCACGGUCGUACCUCCUCAACACUGAGACUGUCUGCAGGCAGCCAGUCAGAGCUGCAGAAUCUGAGGCAACACGCUCAGGAGCUGGUGGAUGAAAAUGACGCCCUCAAGCUGACAGUUCAUCGUCUGAAUGUGGAGUUGAGCUGCUAUCAAACUCGCUUUAGACCUCUAUCCAAACAGGAGAGCUCAAGAAUCGGCAGCUUACCAAAGACAGGGUCCCCUCCUCCCUGGCUGCUUGACAUGAAGCAUUUGUCUCCUCUGCUGCUGGCGUAUGAAGACAGGAUGAAUGAGAAAGAUGCACUUCUACAAAUUACUGAGGAGGAAGUGAAGAAGCUGCGAGUUCAUGUGGAAGAGGUAAUCAAGGAAAACGAGAGGCUCCAUGAUGAAAUUGCAAAGAUUGGAGGGGUCAGCCAAAAGGACUGUCAUCAACUUCAACAACAGGCCAUUCUGGUUUUGCAAGAGAACCAGGUUCUGAUUGAUCAGCUUGAAGCUCAGCAUGUUAAAGCCAAAGCCAGUCACAGCAGACACCGUGCUGAAGUUUCAAAGGUGACAAAGCAGUUAAUGUUGGUAGAGGCUGAGAAGCAGCGUUUGCAGCAGGACCUGGAGGACAUUCCUAGGGAGCUGGAGAAAAAUGUAAGGGAGGUUGAGGUUUUAAAGGCCCGCCUGAAGGAUUCAGUCACCUGGGACGAACACUGCAACAUCGCUGGAAAACUAAGACGGCAAUUGGAGCAACAAGAGAGUAGGAAUAAGAGGGAGAUGGACAAGAUGAUUUACAAAUUGUCAAGCCUGCAAGAGGAGAAUAGGAGCCUGGCUAUGGACAGAGCCAACCUGUCUGCUGAUAUAAAGAGGAUGGAGGCUGAACUGGAACUCACCAAACAAGCAAAUAGGAAGGCAGUAAGGAAGAUGAGCAUGUUGAAGCAGCAGAAGGAUGAGUGUAUGCUAAAAGAGGAAAAGACCCGUCACUAUAUGGAGGCUGUCGUUUCUGUGGCAGAGCACGUUUCCCAGGAGAGAAACCAACUGCUACAGAUGGCUUCAGUACUCCAGGAGGAAAAGCAGAGAUUCAUUGGCAGGAUCCUGAAAAACACGGUGCAAUUCGGAAAACUACAGGAGGAUGUCAAAGUGUACCGGAGGAAGGCGUCAACCAGGCUGGCGGUAUUGGAGGAAGCAGCGGAGGGAAAGACAGCUUCUUACCAGAGGGAGAUCCUUCACCUGCAGAGGCUGCUCAGAGAAAGACAGGAGGCUGAGGAGAGGCUGCUGCAGUCCAAACGAGAGGUAGAAGAAGAGCUGGAGAUGGUUUGGCAGGCAGCGACCAGAGAGAAUCAGCAGAUCUGGGACACCUUCCUGGACUCAAAAUCCAAAACAACAAACCUCCUGGACCAAGAAGUAGCCACGAUGUCCAACCAACAGCAACCUCUCCACUCCUCCUAUCAAAGCCCUGAGCUUCAGAAAAGGACUGUGUUGAAAUCAGACACAGACUACCAGAACAAUUCAUCUGAUGAGAAGCAGAAGUAUGGACUAGAUUUCUACUGCUGAAACUCUAUGAACGAUAACCUUUACUACAGGCAGAGAUGGUUUAACCAUCUGAAUUUACCCAUCAAAAGCCUCUUAAAGUAUUUUCUUUAUUUAUAAACCUUUUUGAACAUUUAUUAAUUUAUUGGACCUAAAAUAAAUCUGUGGCACACAGUUAAACUUCUCUAUUUACAAGGGCUCUUUGCCGCUCUUAAAUUCUUUAGAGAGAGGGAUGUGUGUUUUAAAUUCACAUGUUCUUCUCUGUAGUUCUGUGCCGUUCUUGACUUAAAAGGGAAGCCUCAAAGAAGAUUUUUAGUUUUGCUGGUUAUUUAAAGUGAAAUAAGAGGGUCUCACAUUGGUUGUUAUCUGGUGGUGGAGGUAACUUUAAACAAGUUGAACUUCAGGAAACACAGCUGUAAAAGAAAUCUGCUAUAUUAACCUUUGUGUUAGAGAUUUAAGAAAUAUUCAAUGACAUAUAUAUUAAUGGCAUUUUGCUUCACAUUUUGGUCUAUAAAGAAAACUGUUGGGACACAAGGACCAAUAUAAACAGGAAAAAAUAAUCAGAAUCUGACAUCAGUCCCCUAACGAUACAGACCAGUGUAAGGUGAGGCUCAGCUCUAGCAAUGCUACCAAAGAUUUUAAUGAACAUUUUAAAUCUUUUUCUUUUAAAAAGAAGUCUCAGGGUUUUAAUGAAGAUGCCAACCGUCAUUAACACUUCAAUGCUGCCAUCUGCUGGACAUUUACAGUAAUGUUUUCACAGUGGAAACUUCAUAGUGCAGACAUGGAAAGAGCAGGAACAAUCAGCUGAAACAAUAAAGUACUCAGUUCAAAUGUCUGUUCAUGUUGGAAAAGAAGCUCCUUUUUGAAGAGUUUCAGAUGUCUGGGUCACAAAAAACCUCGGUUGCUUGAAUGGAUCUGUAACUUCAGUUGCUUAGGAAAAAGUGACUAUUUCUGUUCUAUAUUUUAAAAAAACAUUUUCUGUAGUUACUUCACUCAGUUGUUGGGUUUUUUUUCUAAGACUUAAAGAAGUUUUCUUUACCAGGUUAAUUUAGGUAUGAACAAUUGUUUUUUUUUUCAUAAAGUAGUAAUAAAGUCUUAUUGGUAGCUUUUAUUCGUAGAUAUACUCUUCAUCAAAUUAAAAAAAUCAUCAAGCAAAUGUCACAAGGUAUUUUCUUUGACAGAGACAUUAUACAGUCAUCUCUAUAUAACUGCAGUCUUGCUGGAAAACAAAAACCACAAGGAACCUGUAAGACCUCUCUAUUCUUCUCAGCAUUGAUAGAGCCUUUCCACAUGUGUAAGCUCCGCCCCUACAGUAAAGCAACCCCAUACCAUCAGAAAUGCAGGCUUUUGAACUGUGCGCUGAUAAUGAGCUGGAU